AUGCGCCGAUACCUGCUUGACCUCCAGCAAAACCCGUCGCCGAUAUACUCCGCCGGGGUGGAGGCGGAGGGCGUGUAUGUGUGGGCGGUGACCAUCACCGGUCUGCCGGAAACUCCCUACGAAGGGGGUGUCUUCAACCUCCGCAUCAUCUUCCCGCCGCAAUUCCCCUGGAAGCCACCGAAGAUGCACUUCCGGACCCCCCCCAUCUUCCACCCCAAUGUGAGCCACCGUAGCAACAUCUUCCAUCCGAUGCUCAUGCCUGAUACGUGGUACAUCGCGAGAUCUGUGGCCCAGAUGCUGAUGAGUCUGGCUCAGAUGCUAUUGCAUCCGCUGGUGGCGGAAGGCGACGUCGUGAGGGAGGAGGUGGCGGUGAUGUACCGGGAAGACAUGACAAGCUACGAGGAACUCGCACGUAGCUUCACCAAGAUCCACACCAUGGAUGGUUAA